AUGGCGGCUGCUGAGGAUGCUGUGGGCGACGCAGAGCUCUGGCACACCCUGCUGCCCAACCACGCCGUGUUCGUGCGUCUCCGGGAGGGACUGAAGAACCACAGCCGCAAGGAAGCGGAGAUAGCCUCCUCUUCCUCGUUAUCUUCGCCGUUGCUGACGAGAAACCUGCUUUUCGGCCUCGGCGGAGAUAUCUUCUUGUGGGACGGGGCGGACAGCUCCUUCCUAGUUGUUCGUCUUUGGAGACUCAGCGGCGGUGGCGAGGAACCUUCCCUUUCUCAGUAUCAGAAACUGCUGUGUAUAAAUCCACCCCUGUUUGAAGUCUAUCAAGUCUUGUUAAGUCCAACACAGCAUCAUGUAACACUUAUAGGACUCAAAGGACUUACAGUAUUAGAAUUACCUAAAAGAUGGGGAAGGAAUUCUGAAUUUGAAGGUGGAAAAUCGAUAGUGAAUUGUAGUACCACUCCAAUUGCUGAGAGAUUUUUCACCAGUUCUACCUCUCUGAUUCUAAAGCAUGCAGCCUGGUAUCCAAGUGAAAUGCUGGAUCCUCACCUAGUGCUGUUAACAUCAGAUAACGUGAUAAGAAUUUAUUCUCUGCGUGAGCCUCAGACACCUGCCAAGGUGAUUGUACUUUCAGAAGCAGAAGAAGAAAGUCUAAUACUCAAUAAAGGAAGAGCAUAUACUGCAUCUCUAGGAGAGACAGCAGUUGCAUUUGACUUUGGGCCAUUGGCAACAGUUUCGAAAAAUGUAUUUGGUCAGCAAGGCAAAGAUGAAGUAGUUGCAUAUCCACUGUACAUCUUAUAUGAGAAUGGAGAGACUUUCCUCACAUACGUUGGUCUGCAACACAGCACUGGGAAUAUAGGGAAGCUGUUAGGGCCACUGCCCAUGCAUCCUGCAGCUGAGGACAACUACGGUUACGACGCCUGCGCCAUCCUCUGUUUACCCUGUGUCCCCAACAUCUUAGUGAUCGCUACUGAAUCAGGGAUGCUCUAUCACUCAGUGGUGCUGGAAGGGGAAGAAGAGGAUGACCAGACCUCAGAAAAGUCUUGGGAUUCCAAGGCUGACCUAGUCCCUUCACUGUAUGUGUUUGAGUGUGUGGAACUGGAGCUGGCCCUGAAAUUGGCGUCUGGAGACGAGGAGCCCUUUGAUUCUGACUUUUCUUGUCCAAUCAAACUUCACAGAGAUUCCAAAUGUCCCUCUAGAUAUCACUGCACUCAUGAAGCUGGAGUGCAUAGUAUUGGCUUAACUUGGAUUCAUAAACUUCAAAAAUUUCUUGCAUCAGAUGAAGAAGAUAAGGGUAGCUUACAGGAACUUUCUACAGAUCAGAAGUGCUUUGUGGAACACAUCCUUUGUACAAAGCCACUGCCAUGCAGGCAGCCGGCUCCGAUUCGAGGAUUCUGGAUUGUUCCUGACAUCCUGGGACCCACAAUGAUCUGCAUCACCAGUACCUAUGAAUGCCUCAUAAGGCCUUUAUUAAGCACGGUCCACCCAGCAUCUCCUCCCCUCCUUUGUACCAGAGAAGAUGUUGAAGUGGCAGGGUCUCCCCUUCGCAUUCUGGCUGAAACCCCGGAUUCAUUUGAGAAGCACAUUAGAAGCAUUUUACAGCGGAGUGUUGCUAACCCAGCAUUUUUGAAGUCUUCUGAAAAGGACACAGCCCCUCCUCCAGAGGAGUGUCUUCAGCUCCUUAGCAGAGCCACACAGGUGUUCCGAGAGCAGUACAUCCUUAAACAGGACCUGGCAAUGGAAGAGAUCCAGCGCAGGGUCAAAUUACUGUGUGACCAGAAAAAUAAACAACUAGAAGAUCUUAGUUAUUGUCGAGAGGAAAGUAAAAGUCUACGGGAAACGGCUGAGCGCUUAGCUGACAAGUAUGAAGAAGCUAAGGAGAAACAGGAAGACAUCAUGAAUAGGAUGAAAAAAGUGCUGCACAGUUUUCACUCUCAACUCCCAGUUCUCUCUGAUAGCGAAAGGGACAUGAAAAAAGAAUUACAGUUGAUACCUGAUCAACUGAGACAUCUAGGCAAUGCCAUCAAACAGGUUAUUAUGAAAAAGGACUAUCAACAGCGGAAGAUGGAAAAGGUAUUGAGUCCUCAAAAGCCCACCAUUACUCUCAGUGCCUACCAGCGAAAG